AAAUUGAUUUAAAUUUUUACAACCCUGAUUUACAAACUUGAUUUAAAUCUCGUCAACUGUGAGAAGGUAUCUUUCCAGCAGUUGCGCAGUUCUGCUGGCCUGCAACAAUAUUUGUCAGCUGCUAACAAUAUGCGUCUGCUGCACAGUGCAUUUCACUUCCAUAGCUCAGUACUUACUCACAUCUCGCUGAAUGAAACACAUCAGACGUAUAUAACUGACAGUAGUGUAGUGUAUAGUUUACCGGCCGCUACCGCGACUACUGAUUUAAUUAAUGAAAAUUCGACAAAAAUGUUUCACCAUCUAAAACACCCGUGAUUAUGCUCGUUACGAAGUGCGAUCAUUCUGUAAACGAUGCUCAUUAGUUAAGGCCUCCAAACUUUGAUUUGUUAAGUAACGUAAAUUGCGCUGAAAUCUGCUACGACAAUGCGGCUGUUAUAUAUUGUCUGGCAAUUGCUCCUGUUACAAUUGUCACAACUACGCCUAUUCGAUGCAACGACUGAAGACCCAUUGGGCAAAAUUAUAUUUGCUAAUGUUCUUUUUAGGCAUGGCGAUAGGACACCUAUAAAUCCUUAUCCUAAUGAUCCAUAUAAAAAUGAAAGUUCUUGGCCUGUACCAUUUGGUCAAUUAACAAAUACUGGAAAACAUCAGCAUUUUCUUCUAGGUCAAUGGCUUCGUAAGCGGUAUGCUGAUUUACUACCUGAAAAGUAUUCUCCAUAUGAGAUAUACAUAAGGAGCACAGAUGUUGAUAGAACCUUGAUGUCAGCCGAAGCUAAUUUAGCUGGGCUCUAUCCACCUAUUGAUAAUGAAAAGUGGGAUUUACAACAGUGGAUGCCAAUACCAGUUCAUACGGCUCCAGAAUCAGAAGAUAGUCUUUUGGCAGGAAAAAAAUUUUGUGAUAAGUAUUCAAUUGAGUUACAAAAGGUUUUAAAUUCCCCAGAAAUAAAAGAAAUUGAAGAGAAUAAUGCAGAGCUUUUUGCUUACUUGAGUGAAAAAACCGGAAGGAAAAUAUCUACUUUGGAAACUGUGAAUUAUUUAUACAGUAUUUUAUACAUUGAGAGUCUAUAUAAAAAAAAAUUACCUGAAUGGACUUCAAAUGUGUAUCCUGAAUUGUUAAAGCCUCUGGCCGAAUUAAGCUUUACAACUCAAGCUUAUAAUAAAAUACUUCAGAGAUUCAAAUCAGGGCCUUUAUUGAAAGAAAUGAUCAAUCACAUGGUGCUAAAAUCCAAAAAUGCUUUAACACCUGAUAGAAAAGUAUGGGUUUACAGUGCUCAUGAUGAUACAGUUGCAAAUUUAAUGAUGACUCUAAAUGUAUUUGAACCUCAUUGCCCACCAUAUGCUGCUACAUUACUUGUGGAAUUGAGACUUCAUCCAAUCGUUGGUCAUGCUGUUACCGUAUCUUACAAAAAUUCUUCAGAUGAGCCCACUUUAUUAACAAUUCCUGGAUGUUCAACAAUUUGUCCUUUAGCGCAAUUUAUCAGACUCACAAAAAGCGUUGUUCCUACAAAUUGGGAAAAGGAGUGCUUAAUGGACUAUGAAAACUAUCAAAUGGGAAUAACAACAACUAAUAUUAUUGCGCUUUUAACAGUAUCAGUUUUGAUGCUCACAACAUUGAUUAUGAUUAUUAUUUUAUUUGUUUAUUGGUUGUACAAAAGAGAAUAUAAUCAAUACUAUUCAAAAUUAUCCAUGGAAGUUGCUUAAAUAUUGAAGAUUACAAUUUUUAAAUAAAAGAUCAUUUAAAUUGAAAACAUUAAAUUUGUGAAAACUUCAAUUUUAUUGAUAUUUUGUGCAGAUUAUUUUUUUGCAUCAUGUGUAACUGUUAUCAUGUGUUAAUUAUGGCAAUGAAGAAUGUCUAAGUAUCUCGUUGAUAAUAUAAAUGAUAAAUCUUUAUCAAGUUGUUUAAUGGUUAUAAAAAUCCUUGUUAAUGAAUCCUAUUAAAAGUAAAAUACUAUGGUACAAAAUUUAUAUAGUGUAAAAUGUAUGUUAUUGAAUGUACAAAUCAAAAAGAAACUUAACUUACUAUCAUGAGACUGAUCUUUCAUAAAAAUUGUAUAAAAUAUGUUCAGCAUUUAUACACAAUUUUGUUUAUCCACAAAAUGUUCCCCAUAGAAAUGGUUUGUGUUCAAGUUAUGCACGUUGAAAAAACUGUAUAGCUUACCAUUUUACUUGUCAAAUUUUUAAAUCAAAAAUUUUAAGCAUUUAAAAAUAACUGUGAUAUUUUAUGUAAAUAA